UUCCAUGUCCUUCUCCUACCUCCUAUGCAACUGUUAACAUCGCAAAGCACCAAGACCUAAUUUCGAGCUCUUGAGUUACCUAUGUAUCAUCUUAGCCGCUCAGUGCACGUACGACGUCGGGUGCGACGGAAGGCAGUCAUUGCUCAGAGCACACUGGGCGUCGCCAUAGGAUGGCUGAUGCCAAUUCUUCGACACACAAAAGAGGAUGACUGCAUCUUCGCUAUCAGCUGUGCGACGUGCCUCAGCAGAAACCACAUUGCGGGGUGUCGUUUCUGCUUUGAUAACAACACCAACUCUUCACUGCUGUAUGCACAAGCCCUUCACUGGUGUCUGCAGACACAGCAGCCAUGGCGAUACGCCUCGACGAUCUGAGGGGUGGGGUGGCUGAUGGCUAAAACAAAACAAAAUGAAGCUAGAGCAAAGGCAAGAAUGUAGGCAAGGAUAAAUUUAGCAAGACGAAAGCAAGGCAUGAAGUCUCAUUGUGGUUUGAUCACUGCGCUGAGGUAAAGCACUGGCCACCCUCGCCGGACCCCCGCCGUUGUGGGUCCAUCUCAACUGUAUUUGGGCUUCAGGCUC